AUCUUCCUUUUCGGCUCAUUACAGGUACCUGAACGUUCACUCUUUUUCUACACCACCUGCUUAACUAGAUUCACACAGUUGUCGCGUGAAUUGCUAUCAACACUCUCGACUGCUACUCACACCUCUUGAAAACCCGUUCGCAAGCCGACUUUCCCGACAAAGACCACCCCCACCAGAGAACAAUCGCAACGAUGGCGCCGGGGAAGACGUCGUGGGACGACGAGGACUCCGAUAGCACGCCGGCUUCCUCGCCACCACCGCCCGUUGUACGCCGCGGCAAGUUCGACGACGAGGAGGAAGAGGAUGUUCUAGAGUCGUGGGAUGCCGCCGAGGACAGCGAGGAAGAGCGGGAAAAGGCAAAGAAAGCUGCUGAGGCUAAAGCGAAGGCUGAGGCUGCUGCAAAGGCAGAGAAAAAGUCCAAAGCACAGCGCUUGGAAGAGCUCCGCGAGCAGCGACGAAAAGAGCGCGCCGAACUGGAAGAUGGAGAGAGCAGCGAGGACGAGGACGAGGCUGCGAAGCGUCAACGAUUACGCGCUCAGGAGAUGGCAAGUGAUCUGGCAAACGCCGAAGAUCUGUUCGGUGGAGGCGGCAGUGGGCCAGCUAAGCGCGGCACCAACAAGGCCAUCACUGUAGAAGCAGAGGCCGGCGAUCCUACCAGCGCUGUCGACCUGUCGAGCCUGAAACUCUUCAACCCCACGUCCGCAAAGGAAUUCGCGACUCUUCGGGAAACUCUCGUCCCACUCUUCACCAACAUUGCGAAGAAGCCGCAAUACGAGCUGUUUAUGAAGGAAUUCGCCAAGCAGAUCGUAAAAGAGAUGAACAGCGAGCAGAUCAAGAAGGUGUCUAGUGGACUGACAGCACUGAGCAAUGAAAAGCUGAAGGAGGAGAAAGCUGCUGAGAAGGGUGGCAAGAAGAGCAAGGCAGCAAAGACGAAGACCACUCUUAAUGCAAGCAGGGAUACGUCUCGCGCGGCAGAUCUGGACGCUUAUGACGAUGAUGGACUAGAUGAUGGCGAUUUCAUGUGAGCAUCUCCUGUGCAGAUACAUACACACCAACACGACUGAGGUUCCUUCUCGCGUGGCGGUGGGAUGUUCGGGAAUGCUUACCAGGCUCUGGACACGAUACACGCUGUCGCUGUAAGCACAGAGGAAGAUUCUUUCAUUGCAUGGAGCGGAGAGCGUAAUCAUUUGCUAUGAACCAAACAACAGCGAGUAUAGACUCUGCUUUGCCAGUCUGCUUCCCUCUGAUUUAGCGCUCCUGACAUAUGCAGAAACCCCUUUUUGC